AUGGCCCAGUUGGAAAGCGCACGUCCGAAGACAACUAGUGGCACUGCACUCGAUGCCUCUACUCCGUGGGCCAGGUGUGCCGACGAGCUCUGGAAGCAUGAGAAAGAUGUCAUACAGGACAUGAAGGAAGGAAUAGACACACUCCUUCUCUUUGCCGGUCUGUUCUCUGCAGUUGUCACUGCAUUCAAUGUUGAGUUCUACAAGAGCCUACAACCCCAACCGACAGAUUCGACUGCUCAGAUCCUCAUGCACAUCUCAGCGCAGCUGAGCAGCUUCGCGAUCAGUUCCGGCCACAUCAAUUCUACGUUAUCUGGAUAUCCAGCUUCUUACCCUGAGCCUGUGUCCCGUCUUGAUGUCGCCACAAACACGCUGUGGUUCUCUGCACUGGUGAUAAGUCUCGCGGCUGCCUCCAUCGGAAUCACGAUCAAACAGUGGCUCAACAACCAUGUUGCUGGCGUGCCUGUGAACCCACGUCAGAGCGUUACUGCCUGGUAUCUUCGCCACACCGGCUUCGACCAAUGGCAUGUGGAAGAUAUAGUGAAUCUGAUGCCG